UACAACCAUGUUCCUGUAAGAGUGAGUUUAUUGAUUCAAAUGGGAAGUGAUGAGUUUUUUUUUUGACAAGGGAAGUGAUGACUUUAAAAACAAACAAAUCCGAGUCUUCUCUUUAUUGUAACCUUCUUUACAUUGUAUCUUCUCUUCUGGUUGCAAUACAAGUUCUUUCAAAAAAAAAAAAAAAAGAUCCGAGUCUUUUAUUUUAUAAUUAUAUAUUUUAUUACUUAUUUGAAACGUAUAUAGCAAGGUUAGGAGUCAUCAUAUAAUUAUAGAUCACCAAAUAAGAGAAACUGGGGAGGAAAGAAAGAAAAGUUUCAAUUAUGACUCUAAAAUAUUACGUUACAAAAAUGCGAUUGUGAGCUUGGCAAAUGAAAAGGCCAAGUGAGAUUAUAUUAUUAUUAUUAUUAUUAUUAUUAUUAGGUUUACUUUAAAUAAAUAGGUAACCACCCAACAAGAAAAUAAAAAUAAAAAGGGUAACCCAGAAAGAACAGAGUGCGUGUGAUUAGGUUUUCCGAAGAAGAAGAUGGGAGGUUGCUUUUCGGAUUUGGAAGGAGGGAAGGAAGGGAUUGGAGGAGAGCAGGCGAGACCCACGGAGCUCAACGCUCCCACCAACAGUGGCGGUGGUCCCAAUGACGCUGUCGAUUUGUUCUACAGGUCUCGUUCUCUUCUUCCUCUUUUCACUCAACUCGAGUUAUCUCUGGUGGGCUCUAAUUUACGUGAUCGUGACAUCACUUCUAAGAGUGAUCCAAUGGCUGUUGUCUUUCUUAAAAAAAGUGAUGGUAGACUUGAGGAAGUAGGGCGUACAGAAGUGAUACUGAAUACUUUAAAUCCUACAUGGAUAAGCAAAGUUACAGUUACAUACCAAUUCGAGAUAGUGCAACCUUUAAUAUUUCAUUUGUAUGAUGUUGAUACAAAAUAUCACCAUAUACCUGUAAAGAUGUUGAAUUUGAAGGAUCAAGAUUUUCUUGGAGAAUCCAGCUGUGUUCUUUCAGAGAUUGUGACUAAACAAAGCCGGAGUUUAACUUUAAAUCUCCAUAACAAAGAUGGGCCUGGUGGUUCAAGAAACUUGGGAUCACUCACUGUCCAUGCAGAGGAAUCAAUUGCUUCACGAAGUGUUGUUGAUGUUGUAUUUCGUUGUACCAACUUGGAUAACAAAGACCUCUUUUCUAAAAGUGAUCCAUUCUUAAGAAUUUCCAGAAUUGUUGAGAGUGGAGGCUCCGUUCCAAUUUGCAAGACAGAAGUAAUGGACAAUAACUUAAACCCCAUCUGGAAACCAUUAUCAUUAAAUAUGCAACAAUUUGGAAGCAAGGAUAACCCAUUGAUUAUCGAGUGUUUUGAUUUUAAUAGCAACGGGAAUCAUGUACUCAUUGGGAAACUCCAAAAGUCAGUGGCACAAUUGGAAAAACUUUACCAAGAAAGAACUGGUGUAAACUUCGUCUUGACAUCCAACAGUGGUCAUGAAAAGGUACUGAAGGGUCAGCUGUUUGUGGACCGAUUUCAUGAGAAGGAGCAGUUCAGCUUUCUUGAUUACAUUUCUAGUGGAUUUGAGCUCAACUUUAUGGUUGCUGUUGAUUUUACAGCUUCAAAUAAGAAUCCCCGACAGCCUGAUUCUCUGCACUACAUUGAUCCUAGUGGCCGGUUAAAUUCUUACCAGCGAGCAAUAAUAGAGGUCGGAGAAGUUAUUCAGUUUUAUGAUACUGAUAAGCGCUUUCCUGCCUGGGGAUUUGGAGGGAGGAAACCAGAUGGUACCGUAUCUCACUGUUUUAACUUGAGUGGAAAUGAAACGGAGUUUGAGGUUGGAGGAAUUGAAGGCAUCAUGACUGCCUAUGCCAGUGCUUUGCGCAACGUUUCUCUUUCAGGACCCACUUUGUUUGGCCAAGUUGUCGACAGGGCCGCGCAAAUUGCCGGCCAUUCUCUCUCAUAUCAAGAAAACAAAUACUAUGUCUUGCUCAUUAUAACGGAUGGAGUCCUUUCAGACCUUCAAGAAACUAAAAACGCAUUGGUGAAGGCAUCAGAUCUUCCUCUUUCGGUUCUUAUAGUUGGGGUUGGAGAUGCAGAUUUUUCACAAAUGGAGAUUCUUGAUGCUGAUAAUGGAAAUCGGUUGGAAAGUAGCACAGGUCGUAUGGCUACACGAGACAUUGUACAGUUUGUUCCCAUGCGAGAAGUUCAAAGAGGAGAAGUGUCAGUUGUUCAAGCCCUUUUGGAAGAGCUGCCUGGGCAGUUUUUGAGUUACGUUCGUAGUAGAGAUAUCAAGCCCUGCAACUUACCUGGAGCUGGAGCCCACGCUUCUCUCUCUAAGUCUAACUAGUUCUUACUUCUUUUCAUCGAUUUCCAACUGUACAGUGUACAGAUAUAUACGUACAUAAAACGUAUGUAUAUAUUACAAUUACUUGCAAUAAAUUUGGUCGAUUUAUUUAGGAAAAUGACAAAAAAAUUUACUUUUUCACCCAACAACGAUUCUUUUACAAAAAUAUAGUGUUGUUCUUUUUGGUGUUUUCA